UUUGCCAACCAAGAAAAAAACAGACAAAAACCAAACGAAACCAACUAAGAUACAGACAAUAACAUGCAACAAAAUUUCAACCUUAAUUUGUCUCAAACAUGACACCAACCACUUCUUCCAUGUUCCUGUCUCUUCCAACUCUUUGCAUGUUUCUUUCUCAAUUUUCACCUUAAUUCCUUCACAAAUAUUAUUCCAUUUCAUAUUUCUUCUCCAAAAUAUUGUCUUCCAAGAAACAUGGGUGGCUGUUGCAGCCACGAUGUUGCUCUUAGAGGAGGAGGCAGAAUUGAAACCGAGGUGAAUGAUGGAGAAUAUGAAUAUGAUGAUAGUGAAGAUAAUAAUAAUAAUAUUAAUAAUAAUGAUGCUGUCACGUAUCAAAAUGAUGGAACUAUGGUUAGAUUAAAAGGGUUUUCUAAGUUUGUUUCAAUGUAUACACAACAAGGUAUGAAAGGUGUUAAUCAAGAUUCAAUGACUGUUUGGGAGGACUAUUGUGGAGAAGAAGGCAUGGUCUUCUGUGGCGUGUUUGACGGUCAUGGUCCUCUAGGCCACAAAGUGUCGCAAUUUAUUCGCGACAAUCUACCCUCGACACUAUCUGCAGCAAUCAAAAUGGCACAACAGAAGACCAACAAAUACUACGAUGCUAAUGACGUAGAUACCGACAAUUUUGAUGAUGUCCACCACAAUAAUAACCGCAUCAACAACAUAUCCCUUGCUUCAUGGGAAGGAUGUUUUCUGAAAUCCUUUGAUGAAAUGGAUGAUCAUCUUGCUCGGGAAGUUAAUACUGAUAGCUAUUGCAGUGGUUGCACAGCUGUAGCUUUAAUUAAACAGGGAGACCAGUUGAUAGUUGGAAAUUUGGGCGAUUCUCGUGCAGUUCUUUGCACAAGGGAUAGAGAUCAACUUAUUGCUGUUCAACUUACCGUUGAUUUGAAACCGGAUAUUCCAAGUGAAGCUUCAAGAAUCUGUAGCUGUGAAGGAAGGGUUUUCGCAGCGGAAGAAGAACCGGAUGUGUACAGAAUAUGGAUGCCUGAUGAUGACUGUCCUGGAUUAGCUAUGUCAAGAGCCUUUGGAGACUUUUGUCUAAAAGAUUAUGGCCUUAUUGCAACUCCAGAUGUGUUUUACAGAAAAAUUACCAAGCAAGAUGAAUUUGUUGUUUUGGCAAGUGAUGGGAUAUGGGAUGUGCUGACAAACAAUGAAGUAAUAAACAUAGUUGCUUCAGCGCCAAGAAAGUCAACAGCAGCGAAGAUGUUAGUAAAACGCGCUGUUAAAGCCUGGAUGUACAAGUAUCCUGGAUCGAAAAUCGACGAUUGUGCAGCCGUAUGCUUGUUUCUUGAUGAUCAACCUAUUUUAUCACAUUCUCAAUCGAGUUUCAAGCACUCUAAAAGUCGACAUCGUCGCAGUAAGCACUCUAAAUCACAUCGAAAUGAAGACAAUGAAACUGUUGCUGGAAAAGUUGGAAUGGAACUGGAUGAAGAAUGGAAAGCUCUUGAAGGGUUAGCUAGAGCAAAUUCAAUAUCAAAACUUCCAAGGCUUGCUAGAAAUAUGAGUAAAAGACAAUCAUCUAAGCACCUUAAUGGAAGUUGAAGGCAUUGUGAUAAGCUCUAAUAAGUGGUCAUGUUUUUGAACCUAAAAUGUUGUAUAUUUAGGUGCAAAAAAAUGAGGUUGAAGAAUUUAGAACUUAUUGGGGUUGACUUAAAACAUGGAGUGAAAAAUUUGAAUUUAAUGAUGAGGUGUAUUCAAAAUCUCAUCUAAUUUUUCACUCAAAUAUUUAGGGGAUACCAAAAAUUUGCUUAUACCUCAAAAGAUGUAAUGGCUAUGCCUUCUUAUAAGACAUUGAGGGAUCACCAUUAACUAAUUAUUUACCAUUAUCAAUGUUAUUGAUAGCAAUAUUUAUGACUUA